AUGAAUUAAAGCUUAUCGUAGUUUAUAUAGGUCUUUCGAAUAAUGAAAUAUUUUAAUCUUAUUGUGUUAUUUCGUUGUAAACAUGUUGCGAACAAUAACAUUGGUCGGUGUGUUUUUGGUUGUGGUGAACGGGCAACUCUCCACUCCAGUUAGUACUUGCAAUUCGAAUCCGGGUCAACCACCAAUUAACACAUACAUCGAGAAUUGUGUCAGUCUCCCGUGCUUGCUGCCACAACUCCAGAAUGUUGUUCUGAACAUAGCAUUUAGAGCUCCUCGCACAAUCCGCAGUAUGCGCACUUUAGCGACCGCCUACCUACCCCUGCUCGCAGGAUUAGAACUCCCUGUGCCGUACGAUCUCGAAGAGAAUUCCAUUACGUGCAACUUCUUCACCAACACGUACUGUCCCGUGCUGCAAGACGAGGUCGUGUUGUACACUCUUACUAUGUACAUAGAAUCUUUCUUCCCGGUGGGUACCGCAGCCGCUAUAGAGUUCCGUGUAAUAGACGAGAGUGACAAUACUCCCGUAUUCUGCCUGAGGGUCAAUAUUAGAAUCACACCUCCAGUGGGUAAGGCAGGCAACUCUACGGUGAUUGUAGAGCAAUUGUCAUCAGAACAUUGAUAAAGAAUUAGUUAUAAGUUAAUUAAAUUUAUAUUAAAUUUCUAUAAUAACUGUCGGUAUUCAUAUUGCAUUGUAAUUGUUUAUUAUAAAAUAUAAAUAAAAUAAUAAUUACCAUA